AUGUCCGUGAUUUUGUGCACAGCUGGUUACGACCACACCAUCAGAUUUUGGGAGGCACUAUCGGGGAUUUGCUCGCGGACGAUCCAGCACCCAGACUCACAGGUGAACCGCCUAUGUAUCUCCCCCGACAAGCGGUUUCUUGCGGCAGCCGGUCACCACACGGUCAAGCUUUACGAUAUCAAAUCGACAAAUCCUAAUCCUCUGCUUACAUUUGAGGGACAUACGGGGAACAUCACGGGAGUGGCAUUCCACUGCGAGGGCAAAUGGAUGGUGACGAGCUCCGAAGAUGGCACUGUUAAGAUUUGGGAGACGCGAACAGGGUCAAUCCAGAGAAGCUAUAACCAUGGCUGUCCAGCCAACGACGUGGUCAUUCACCCGAACCAGGGCGAAAUUAUAAGCUGCGACAGGUCAGGCAGCGUGAGGAUCUGGGAUCUGGCCGAGAACACUUGCGCGCACGAGCUCAUUCCUGAAGAGGACGUGUCGGUAUCAAGCGUGACAGUUGCUAGUGACGGAACGCUGUUAUGCGCCGCGAAUACGGCAGGCAAUGUGUUUGUGUGGCACCUCCGCCAAAACUAUGAUCAGACAGAGCUGCUCCCGGUAACGCAUUUCAGCGCCCACAAAGAGUAUAUUACCCGUAUUCUCCUCUCUCCCGAUGUGAAGAAGUUGGCAACGUGCAGCGCCGACCACACAGCCAAGAUCUGGGAGAUCAAGGACGUCAAGCCUCAGGUCAACGGCAAAUCUGACGAGGCGCGCCCGCUUCCCCUAGAAGCUACGCUUACGGGGCACCAGCGAUGGGUUUGGGAUUGUGCGUUUAGUGCAGAUUCGGCGUAUCUAGUGACGGCAUGCUCAGACCACUACGCACGACUAUGGGAACUGCACAGCCAGCAAAUCAUACGCCAAUACAACGGCCAUCACAGAGGAGCUGUCUGCGUAGCACUCAACGACUAUUCAGAGACACGCUAGAAUCCCAAAGAUGCAUCGUUGGGUUCCGCAACCAAAUAAUACAGGGAGUAGAUGGCAUGGCAUGGACCUUGAAAUUGAAGAGUCAUGGAUGGUUUGGCGCGGCGUUAUGGUAUUUCUUAUGUUUUGGUUCGCCUUUGUUCUCUUCUUCGAAUACAACGAUUGGCGCCGCCUUUUGCCUCUGAUAUGGUGAGCCUUGGAAUGCAGGACUUGCGCUUCCCCAGAUCAGAAGCGCAAGAGGAGGCAUCAACUUGCACGGGAUGGCGGUGGGGAGAAUCUGCCCGUGUCUAUUGCCGGCGACGGUCCAAUGCUAGUG